AUGUACAAUAAAAACGUUAUGCAAAUCGCUUCGUUCACUUUUGACAUAAUAAGAGAAUUCUCAUUUACUAAUCUAUGUAUCUAUCUUUUUCUACUUGUAUAUUCAUCUAUUUUAAUUUCUUCUUAUCUAUCUAUCUAUCUAUCUAUCUAUCUAUUCAUAUCGAAUUACUCUGUUGAUAUCUAUCUAUCUAUCUAUCUAUCUAUCUCUUUCUGUUAUCUAACUAUAUAUCUCUCUAUUCAUGGAUUCAUAUCGGCUUAUUUUGAUGAUAUCUAUCUAUUUACCUAUCUAUCUCAUUCUUUCGAUAUCUCACUAUGUAUAUAUCUAUUCAUAUCUAAUUAUUCUGCUGAUAUCUAUCUAUCUAUCUAUCUAUCUAUCUAUCUAUCUAUCUAUCUAUGUCCAUUAUCUAUCUAUCUAUCUAUCUAUCUCAUUCUGCAGAUAUCCUUGCGAGCUCGAUUCACAUCUAUCUAUCUAUCUAUCUAUCUAUCUAUCUAUCUAUCUAUCAGGAUGUUCUAUCAUCUAUCUAUCUAUCUAUCUAUCUAUCUAUCUAUCUAUCUAUCUAUCUAUCGAUCGAUCGAUCGAUCGAUCUAUCUAUACAUAAAUUCAGACAUUUGA